UGGCCGGAGGACAGAAUGCACCCGGCGACACAACAAACGUCUACAACGGACACAAAAGCGUCUCCUCUCCGACACGACCUUCUUCUCCCUGACGAUGAUUUCUGGUGGACGAUCUCCCGUCGGACCGAACCAGACGACCGUGUGAAGCGUCCGUCCGUCAUGGCCGACGACAUCUACAGCAGCACCUUCUCCGCCUCCGAGUCGGACUUCUCGUCCUCGUCCUCGUCCUCCUCGCCGUCCGCCUCCUUCCUCACGCUCGAGCAGCGGGCGGCCUUCGUCUUCGUCCUCAUCCUCUUCAUCUUCCUGGGGCUGCUGAUCGUGCGCUGCUUCCGGAUCCUGCUGGACCCGUACCGCAGCAUGCCGUCCUCCACCUGGACAGACUACAUGGAGAAGGACACGUUCGACUACCGAAUUUCCUGACAGGCAGCCUGAGAGGCAGCAACCCUGACCUUCAACAAGUCACGCUGAGGCCACGAUCGCACCGAGACUGAAGCAGAAACACGAGCGCACGUUCCCCCUCUAGUGGUCGAUAAGUAGUACAGCAGAAUGACCAGCAGGACGGGAACUAAUCCCAGACGUUUGUCUCCCGGAGUCUCCACUUUGAUGUGUUCAAAUCUGAAAAUAUUUUCUAGAAAACUAAAUUUUCCCCAAAAAGUGACACAAAUUUACCAAAAAAAGACACAAAUUUACCAAAAAAAGACACAAAUUUACCAAAAUAGACACAAAUUUACAAAAAAGACACAAAUUUACCAAAAUAGGACACAAAUUUACCUAAACCGACACAAAUUUACCAAAAUAAGGCACAAAUUUACCGAAAAAAGACACCAUAUUACAAAAAGAGAUUUUUACAAAAUGACAAAAGAACGUAAAAUGACCAAAUAAAAGAUGUUAAAUGACCAGUAAAGGCACAAAAUAACGUAAAAAAUGACACAAAAUUACCCAAGAAAGCUGUAAAAUGUUAUUCACUAGAAAACUACAGUUUGCUUCACAUCAGCAGCCAAAAACUUGAUGCCAUGUUCACAACUUUAAACACGACUUGACCAAAUCAAACUAACUCGACUUUAACGCCGCCGACUGGAGAGUUAACUGGACGCCAGAUACCUUAAACUGCAGUAAGUCGUGUUCAUCCAAUCAACAAAAACCUACGGAAACAUUCAAGAAUCACAGAUGCCGUCGCAACAACUUUUCCAGCUUUAUUCAGAAUUUGGGGCUGAACAAAAGAUCAUGAAGCCGAGGCUUUAAUGUUGUUUGAUCGGCUUAAAGAGCCUGAUAACCUGGUUUGACUCGGACAUGGUUCUCUGAAAUGUAAAGCCUAAGACGAGGCGGUGGUCGGGAGGAUCUUUAAGGACAUUUAAAUUUACUUCUUUUGGGUUCCACUGGUUGACAGAGAGAACCAGAACCAGGACUGAGCGGGCUCAGACCCUGCAGCAAAAUUAGAAGUAUUCUAAAGGGACUCUGGUGUUCAUGGGUCGCCAAAAUCAACACAAAAUAAAAUGUCCUUCCAGCAAACUGACCAAAACGGACACAAGAUUCGUCUUUGCUGCCGCCUUCAACCUGUCAAAGCUCCGACGUUUCCGGUCAGCAGGACUUUGCCCCCAGACCGCCCCAGAUCAGGUUUCACUGCCACUUUCCAGCUGCAGUUACAGCUUCAGUAUGUAGCUCCAGAUCCAGAUGGGGCCAGCCAAAGACCAGGUGGUGGUCUGGAGGGUCUCCAUUAGGAGGACCUGGGAGCCAAUACCGUCUUUCUGGGCCCACUUUCGGGAAGCAAGGUAUGGGAGAACCAGAACCAGGACUGAGCUGGGCAGACUGUCAGACACUGCAGAAGCAAAAUGAGGCGUUUUCUAAAGGGACUCUGGUGGAUUAACCAGACAAGCGCCACUAAAAUCAAACCAAAAUGAAAGUUCCUUGUUGUCGCUUUAAGCUCCAGCAGCUCCAGAUGGGACCAGCCAACGGUGGUCAGGAGGGUCUUCAACCUGGUCCAGGACGACCUGCACAUAGACUUCUAUGGGAAGUUCCUCUGCAGAUGAUGGGAUGCUGCAGCAGGGCCUGGAGCUGACCAUCGAGCAGUAAAAUUUGACGUUUUCUAAAGGGACUUUGAUGUUCAUGGAUUAACUCACUUUUGUCCACAAGUGCCGCCCAUAUCAAACCAAAAUGAAAGUCCCUUGUUGUUUUAAGCUCAAGCAACCAGUCCGCCGUAAACAUUGGUCAUGAGGGUCUCCAACAGGGUCCAGGAUGACCUGCACAUCGACUCCGACGGGAUGUUCCAGCUCAGCUGCAGCUCUCUCAGAUGGGAAGGGGUUGGACUUCAGAGCUGAGGCCAGAGAAGUACAGCUUUUGGCUGGCUGCAACAGGACCUGGGAGCAAAUACGGUGUUUCUGGGCCCACUUUCGGGGAGGAAGGUACGGGAGAAUCAGAACUAGGACUGAGCGGGGCAGACUGUAAGAUCCUGCAGCAGCAAAAGUGGGCGUUUUCUAAAGGGACUCUGGUGAAUUAACCACAAAAGCGGCGCUAAAAUGAAACCAAAAUCAAAAGUUCCUUGUUGCUCCAGGAACCAGUCCGCCGCAAACAGACCCAGAUCCAGAUGGGACCAGCCAACGGUGGUCAUGAGGGUCUCCAACCUGGUCCAGGAUGACCUGCACAUAGACUUCUAUGGGAUGUUCCACUGCCUCUCCCACACCUCUCUGGUGUCCUUUUUUAAAGGAAGAAAAUCAUCAAACAGUGAAAAACCUUUUGUUGACGGACGGUUUUCAGUAAAGUCGGAAUGAUGCUGAAGUCGUUUCUGACUCCAUAACGACUGAAAACACAAAGACUUUGACUCGACUCGACCCAAAAUGCAAGUUAGUUUCACGACUAAAAGCUUUACUAUUUCACAGUCCGCCACCAUUUAAAUCAAACCGAAUCAUCACAUUUAGACAGUUGCCCAGACGGAGCAACUGUUUGGGGGAAACGUGCGCUUUGUGUUUUAUUUUCUCUGCUUCCCGUCUGAUUGUCGUCUCAGUCUGCCUGGCAGGCGAACAUCUGGGCGAAAAGACACACAGCAUCUAUAAACAGUUUAAAUUAAGAAAUUUAGCUGCAAUUAAAAAGAUAAGCAGAUAAUCAGAGAGGAAUCACUAAAGCAGGUUUUAUUUUCACAUAAAAAAAAGCUUGUUUUGAUUCACAAAAUGUGUCAGAGAAGGAAAUCACCUCAUCAGACAAAUUAAAGAGACAAAAACAAAAAAACAAAUGGAACAAAUGAAGGUUCCUGCUGUAGCUGAUCUUUCUGCCCAGAUCUGGAGCUGGUAGAAAUCUCUCCUCGCUGCAGAUCUGCAGCCGGAGCAGCAAACAUCUCGCUGCGAGACGGUUUCUACCAGUUUCUACCAGUUUCUACCGAUUAUCAGGAGCUGCCUGCCAGGCGGCGCGUUGGGGUCGCUGCCUCUCACCACAGGAGAACAUUUAUAUUUAAACUUUAUUUUGUUGUUUCUCGAUAAAGAUGGACUUUUAUUAUCAGACAUUUAAAAGUUGUUCAGAGAGGAGGAGGAGGAGGAGGAGGAGGAGA